GUGGGUGGUACGUAAGGCCGCUCUGGGCCCCGGGACUCUUGUCUCGCUUGCCUCUUCGGUUCUAGGAACAGAUCCUGGGCAGAGGGAGGAGAGCUUUGGGUCAAGGGUUGCUGCUGUGGCCGCUACCACCACGACCACCGCCGCCCAGGAGGCGACCCGUCACUCCACUAGCCUGUGUUUGGCGGACCCUGGCAGUCAGGAUCAGAUCAGACAUUGUGUGGCUUACUCUCUCACAUAGUUAGCUACAGUGACUUCUCAGAUUUCUUCAGGAUGCCUGCAGCACUUGUGGAAAAUAGCCAGGUUAUCUGUGAAGUCUGGGCCAGCAAUCUAGAGGAAGAGAUGAGGAAGAUCAGAGAAAUCGUGCUCAGUUACAGUUACAUUGCCAUGGACACAGAGUUUCCGGGUGUUGUAGUGCGACCAAUUGGUGAAUUUCGUAGUUCCAUAGAUUACCAGUAUCAGCUUCUGAGGUGCAAUGUUGACCUUUUAAAAAUUAUCCAGCUGGGCCUAACAUUCACAAAUGAGAAGGGAGAAUAUCCUUCUGGAAUCAACACUUGGCAGUUCAACUUCAAAUUUAACCUUACAGAGGACAUGUACUCCCAGGAUUCUAUAGACCUCCUUGCUAACUCUGGACUGCAGUUUCAGAAGCAUGAAGAGGAAGGGAUUGACACAUUGCAUUUUGCAGAACUGCUUAUGACAUCAGGAGUGGUUCUCUGUGACAAUGUCAAAUGGCUUUCAUUUCACAGUGGCUAUGAUUUUGGCUACAUGGUAAAGUUGCUUACAGAUUCUCGUUUGCCAGAAGAAGAACAUGAAUUUUUUCAUAUUCUGAAUCUUUUCUUUCCGUCCAUUUAUGAUGUGAAAUACUUAAUGAAGAGUUGCAAAAAUCUUAAGGGAGGUCUUCAGGAAGUUGCUGAUCAGUUGGAUUUGCAGAGAAUUGGAAGGCAGCACCAGGCAGGCUCCGACUCACUGCUGACAGGCAUGGCAUUCUUCAGGAUGAAAGAGCUGUUUUUUGAGGACAGUAUAGAUGAUGCCAAGUACUGUGGGCGGCUCUAUGGCCUAGGCACAGGAGUUGCCCAGAAGCAGAAUGAGGAUGUGGACUCUGCCCAGGAGAAGAUGAGUAUCCUGGCGAUUAUCAACAACAUGCAGCAGUGAUGGCGGCAGGCUCUGCGAGGUGGUCCUAGUCCCAAAAUGGUGCUUCCUGUGCUGACUGCAUACUUAUCUUACCCAAGAGAAAUACUUCUUUUGAGCAAACUGUACCUAUCAUCUGCAUUGAGGAGAAAGACUUUUGUUUUAUUGGAGACAAAAGACGUCUUUAUUUUAGAUCCAGAAGGGAAUUUGCUCUGAAUUUGUAAAUAGAUCUUUAUUCCUCAUCCCUAUGUCUCUCCACUCCAGUUGCCUACUGCCACCAGCAUCCAUGGCUUAUUUGACACCUUUUUAUACACCCAGGACAAGUCUGAAACUAGUAAAAAUUAUAUAACUCUUAACUUGUUGUCAUUCUUUUUCUUUUAAAUUUGUUGCUAAUCUUUGAUGAAGAUUCUUACUAAUUCUCAGCUGAGCUGAGGACUUCAAGGGAAAAUGGUAUUCAAAGUUGUGCCUGGGAAGUGGGUUGUAGAAUUUGAGUCUUGGCCUUUCCUUUUUUGAUGCUUCUCAAGGACACUGGCUUUCCUCACUUUGGAUUUGGAACUAUUAUAUGGAAAUGAAUUGCCUCUGCACUGAAAUCUGAACAUACUUUGGCUGAAUCUGUCCUUCAUUUGUGACAAACUCCAGAAUGGGCAUUAACCUGACCACUGAAGUGUCUUACGUGCUUCAUCAUGCUACUGGGAUUUGCUGUCAUUUAUGUAUCAUCUGAAGUCAUUAAAAUUUUGAGAUAAUGAAAUAUUCUGGAUUUGAUCCUGAAGGAAAUGGUUAAGAUUAGAUUUUUUGGGUCUUAAGUCUGUUCUAUUUUCAGUAAUAUGAUUCCAGAUGGCCUGUGUUCUCUCACCUCCUCUUGUUUCCCUGCUUUACCUUUCAGCAAACUGAGAAGUUAGGGAGAUGGAUUAAUAUAAGUACUAGGAAUGUUGAAUCUUUAGAAAAGUUAUAGUAGUUAUUUGUGAACAGGGCAGUAAAGGAAUUUGGUUUAGAAAGAUUUCUUGGAGUAAUUCCACAACUGGGUAAAAAGCUCAGGACUUUGUUUUUAAAACCAUUCAUUUAAAAAGCAGACUUUCUUUUUUUUUUAAUAACUAUAGAAUGGACAAUUUUGCAAAAACAAAAACCCUUUUGGAAUGGUGGAAAUAAAAACUGGUAGAAAACUCACUGAAGUGGAUGAAGUCUUACAUUUUAAAAGCUCAUGGAAAACUAAAUUUGAAAUGAUUAAAAAAUGUUAAGUAUUAUAAGUUGGUAUUUAAGAUGCUUGUAAUGAUAUUUAUGUUUUUAAUUUUGUAAAAUAAAGAUUUCUUUUUAACCACUGGCAAGAAGGCUUGGUUGUUCAUAGCUAUGAAUUGCUGGCUGUGGAAGAUGGAGGAGCGUCCUGCCUCCAUUAUCAAAUUGACGCUUCACUUCAGACCUCCUCCUGGGCCUUUCUAGGGAAGCAGUUUUAAUUUUAUUCCCUGGGGCCACUCAUAUAUCACAGAUCAGCUUAAUUAGUGGAAUUCUUUUUUUUGCAGUACUGGGGUUUGAACUCAGGGUCUACACCUUGAGCUACUCCACCAGCCCUUUUUUGUGAAGGGUUUUUCAAGAUAGGCUCUCAUGGACUAUUUGCCUAGGCUGGGUUUGAACCUUGAUCCUCCUGCUCUCUGCCUCUUGAGUAGUUAGGAUUACAGGUUUGAGCCAUGGAUGCAUGGCUAAUUAGUGGAGUUCUUUAGGAAGAAUUGAGCUUCAGAUUUCCAGCCCCAGCCCCUUUUUUUAGUGGGAUUCAGGCUUGAACACAGGACUUCAUGGCUUGUAAAGCAGGUUCUCUACCACUUGAGCCACAAUUCUAGUCCAUUUUGCUCUAGUUAUUUUGGCUAUGGGGGUCUUGCAAACUAUUUGCCCUGGCUGACCCCAAACCUAAUCUCAUCCUUUCAGGUAACUAGGAUUAUAGGCAUGAGCCACAGGUCCCACCUUUCAGCACAAAAAUGUGGGGUUGUAUUGUGAGACAGUUUUGCUAUGUUACCCAGGCUGUCCUUGAACUUGUAGGUUCAAGCCAUCCUCCUGCUUUAGCCUCCUGGGUAGCUAGGACUACUGGCACACACAACUGCAUCCAAAAGAUCUAGAAUUUUGACUGGGAAGUUCACGUAUAAGAAGAGGUAUUUGCCAGGCACAGUGGCGUGGCUCACGUCUGUACCGCUAGCUACUCAGGAGGCAGAGAUAGGGAGGAACAUGGUUUGAGGCCAGUAUGGGCAAAAAGUUCAUGAAUGACCAUUCAAUAAAAGCUGGGCAUGUUGGUGUGCACCUGUCAUCCAGCUAGGCAGGGAACAUAAACAGGAGGAGCAGGGUCCAGGCUGGCCUGGGCAUAAAUGCAAGACCCCUAUUUGAAAAAUACCUAAAGCAAAAAGACUGCAAGUAUGGCUUACGUGGAAUGCCCCUGAGUUCAAACUCCAGUACACCUAAAAAAAAAAAAAAAAAGAAAGAAAAAUUAUCACUUUAAG